AUGCCCGUCGACUCAGAAUGCGCCGUUUGCCAGUGCCGUUCACGCGUGCCCAGACUUAAAAAGAAAAUAUCAACGCCAUCGCAUUGCAUACACAUCGUAACAAUAUUACCACAUAUUGCAUACGUGUAACACGUCCCAUUAUAAUAUUACAGUUGCAACCGCCGUCGUCUACCCCUAUCGUUUCUCGCGCGUACUACUCCUGACCGCACGCCGCCGAUAUAGGCCGCUUGCGCCUCACGAGCAACCGCCCCUCAAAAAGUCCCGCGCUCCGACAUCGCAGACACCGUUCGUCGGCAACUCUCGCCACGAGCGUUACAGAACAGGACUCCACACGCCAGACGAAAAGCACCCGUUGUUACCUACUCGUUCGCGUCAACACUUUACCGCCAUCCGUUAUAUCCACGCGCGUCGACAUGAUUCUGCAUUUGACGCUGGUCGCCGCCCUGGUCUUCGGCUUCACCGCUGCUUCAACCGGGAUUAAUGAUGAUGUGUCUGAAGGAUUGUCAGAUCCGUCGCCCUGGGAGGACAGCCGUUUAGACGAGAGGAUUUUCGCGGACACUCCGAACUAUCUGACGUACCAACUGAACCACAAGAGAUAUGCGGUACCUUAUCACCCAGUGGCCAGGUUGAGGGCCAGCCAGACGGCAGGUGUAGUGCUACCGUACGCGAUGAUCGCCAACAGAAACUACGUGAACGACGACGGAAACCGAUUCGAACCAGUCUGGAAGCCAACUGCAGCCGAACUACUGACAGUGCUGAUGAAUCGUAGAAAGAACACUGACACUGGUAUGGACAACACCAACUUCAUGCGGUUCGGCAUCAGUAAAAGAACUCGUUUCAAUUAUUAUUAAACAAAUCUUCACGCACACGCGUCUUAUAUUUCUGUAACUGUCCUUGUGGGCUAUUCUUAAAUAAUCUUAAAUAUCUUUAAUAGUAUAAUUAUUUUGACAUUACUAUUGAACAAAAAAAAAAAAACAAC